AUGUCCGACAAAGCUCAACAAGAAUUUAAGGCAACAGUUAUGCCCAAAGUAGAGCAAGUUCAAAGUAGCCAGGGGCUCCCAGGUCUUCAUAUCCCCAAGAAUGCUGCAGACAUUAAGGAGUUUUCGGAAAUUCGCAAUGUCGAUGCCAAACAACUCAAUGCCCAAAUUAAGGCUGAAGCUGAAAAGAAGAUUGUUCAAGACAAAGUUUCUGAUUUUGUUGGCAAAUAA